AUGGCAUCCUCAAAAGAGCUGCCGACUUCCCGUCCAGCUUCUGGCAGUUUUUCCUCGAGGCACCCUUCGACAGGCAGUCGACAACACUCCCACUCUGUCUCACUGUCUGCUACGAACCCUUCCCACCGAGUCAACCGGCGGAAAAGUGUCAACGCCGGAGCCUCUAGCACCGCCCAAGCAGCCAUUGCUGCCGCAUUGAGAGACCAAGGCGAAUUGGCCGGGAUGCCCAUACAACACCAUCGGAGGAGUAUGGGGUCCAGGAAGACCGCAGAAUCUCAGUCGAUGAGUGGUAGACCAAGCAUGCACUCGUACUUUGACGCCGCAGCCCGUGCAACUCCUGGCCAAGACAACGAUGCCCUCGACGAUAAUUCCAACGAUGAGGACAACCAGUCUUCGUCCAAGAACCUCAAGAGCCGGAACAGAAGGGCAAGUGAGGGCUCAUACCUUAUUAAGGGCGAGGGCAAGAAGUCUGCGGCAGAGCUGCGGUGUGAUACCUGCGGGAAGGGAUACAAGCACAGCAGCUGCCUCACCAAGCACUUAUGGGAACAUGAUCCAGCAUGGGCAAUUACGUCUAAACUGCUGAUCUCCAAGCAUCAACAAGUCCAAUUGCUUGAGGCAGCCUCGGUGUUGUGUAACAUGACAGUGGAGAACCCGACAGCUACUCAGUUCGAGCUCGAGACCGCAGCGGUCGACCCAAGCGAAGACUCCUCUGCGUCGCCAGGUUUCUCGUCGUCCGAAAUGCAAGACGAGCUCAGCUCGGUGGAGACCACACCCCCUCCCAUGAGUGAAGCAGCAUACCCUGUUCCGAACUCGAAGCGAUUCAGUAGCAGCAGCAAUGGCUUCUCGCGUUCCUAUCGAUCCGUUGCGUCCAGCUCCUAUGCUGAGAGCUUCCACUCACCAGGUCUGCCACCUCACCGACUCUCCGGCGUCGACUUCCGUCCGAGCACCUCCGGGACCGACGACGGUACUCUGGCCGCUGCCACGGCUGGGCUCUCGUUCGGCAAUGGGACGCCUCGUACAAAGCCAUCCUAUCUCGGUGCUGACGUGCCACCUGUACCACCAUUGCCACAACAAUAUCAAUCUUUCAACAGCAAGUCAUCUGACAGCACAUUGACAACUGUAUAUAAUCCGCUGCUGCAGAUGCGUCCUCCUACCUUGACACAAAACCUCUCUGACGAGCGCAAUUACCGAGAUCGCAGCGACGACAGGGACAUUCACAUGGACGACGACGAGAUGUUCAGGAUGGAUCAGUAA